AUUUCAGCCAAGCCGGAACACGGAGCAAGGCUGUCUGCACCAUGCUACCAUCCUCUUCAGGCUGCAGGGCAUUUUAUAUACCCACCACCUCCCAUUGAUGCUGGAAAAUCCGGUCACAGAAUUCCGUGCAGCCCAGCCCCUGAGGGUGGGGCGUCCUGUCUCCGGGACGCCGGGUUUUCUCUGGACACGAAUGCUCCCGGGGUAGGAGGCGAAUGACACUGGCACGGCGGGGCUCCGGAGCCAAGAGGUGACCAGGCUGGCUGGGCAGGGCUGAGUGGCUGGGCCGAGCACGUGAUGCUCCCAGCCGGCCUCCGGGGCCCUCUGGGCUGAAAUCGACAUUUGCCUCUGGCAGGAAAAUGAGCUUGUCAGUUUCUGCCUCCAUUAGACCCUCAACCCAAAGGAGCAGGAGAUUUCGGUAGCGUUUUAACUUUAUCUCAAAAUCUGAAAGCGGAAGGCCAGGCAAACUGCACACAUCAAGCGAAACGCCUGAGGGGCGGCCAGCGCGAGGGUUUCUGGCCAUCGACCCUCACCUCCCGGGACUUCCAGGGUCUUCCCCCCACCCCGCGCACACCUCCCUGCCUCGCCCCGAAGGCGUCACGUGGCAGCGUGGGGCCCGCCUCCUGGUGAUGUCACGGCGCUCGCAGCCGUCGCGCUGAAGAAAGGAUGCUCGAGGAUGCUGUCCAGGUGGGCGGCCGCGGGCGCGAUGCGGCACUGCAGGUGUAAUUAGCAUGGUCAAUGCGGGAGCGAUGAGUGGCUCUGGAAACCUGAUGGAUUUCCUCGAUGAGCCGUUCCCUGAUGUGGGGACGUAUGAGGACUUCCACACCAUCGACUGGCUAAGGGAAAAGUCACGGGACACCGACAGACACAGGAAGAUCACCAGCAAGAGCAAGGAGUCCAUAUGGGAGUUCAUCAAGAGCCUGCUGGAUGCCUGGUCGGGAUGGGUGGUGAUGCUGCUCAUCGGCCUGCUGGCGGGCACCUUGGCUGGGGUCAUCGAUCUCGCCGUGGACUGGAUGACGGACCUGAAGGAGGGGGUCUGCCUGUCUGCCUUCUGGUAUAGCCAUGAGCAGUGUUGCUGGACUUCUAACGAGACCACUUUUGAGGACAGAGACAAGUGUCCCCUGUGGCAGAAAUGGUCGGAGCUGCUGGUGAAUCAGUCAGAGGGUGCCAGUGCUUACAUUCUGAAUUACUUAAUGUACAUCCUAUGGGCGCUGCUGUUUGCAUUUUUGGCUGUCUCCCUGGUGCGUGUAUUUGCACCAUAUGCCUGUGGCUCUGGCAUACCAGAGAUAAAGACCAUUUUGAGCGGCUUUAUCAUCAGGGGCUACUUGGGGAAGUGGACCCUGCUAAUCAAGACAGUCACGCUGGUGCUGGUAGUGUCCUCCGGUCUGAGCCUUGGGAAGGAAGGGCCGCUAGUGCACGUGGCUUGUUGCUGUGGCAACUUCUUCAGCAGCCUUUUCUCCAAGUACAGCAAGAAUGAGGGCAAGAGGCGGGAGGUGCUUUCAGCUGCAGCGGCUGCUGGAGUCUCUGUUGCCUUUGGUGCACCAAUUGGAGGCGUGCUUUUCAGUCUGGAAGAGGUCAGUUACUACUUUCCCCUGAAGACCUUGUGGAGGUCAUUUUUUGCAGCCCUGGUGGCGGCCUUUACGCUGAGAUCCAUCAAUCCCUUUGGGAAUAGCCGUCUUGUUCUCUUUUAUGUGGAAUAUCACACGCCCUGGUACAUGGCUGAACUCUUCCCCUUCAUCCUGCUUGGGGUCUUCGGGGGCUUGUGGGGAACCCUCUUCAUCCGCUGCAACAUCGCCUGGUGCAGGAGGCGCAAGACCACCAGGCUGGGGAAGUACCCGGUGCUGGAGGUCAUUGUGGUGACCGCCAUCACUGCCAUCAUUGCCUACCCCAAUCCCUACACACGCCAGAGCACCAGCGAGCUCAUUUCUGAGCUGUUCAAUGACUGUGGAGCCCUUGAGUCUUCCCAGCUCUGUGACUACAUCAAUGACCCCAACAUGACUCGGCCUGUGGAUGACAUUCCAGACCGGCCGGCUGGUGUCGGUGUUUACACGGCCAUGUGGCAGCUGGCCCUGGCACUGAUCUUCAAAAUCGUCGUUACCAUAUUUACCUUUGGCAUGAAGAUCCCGUCGGGCCUCUUCAUCCCCAGCAUGGCUGUGGGCGCGAUAGCAGGCAGGAUGGUGGGAAUUGGCGUGGAGCAGCUGGCCUACCAUCACCAUGACUGGAUCAUCUUCAGGAACUGGUGCAGACCCGGUGCAGACUGUGUCACGCCAGGGCUGUACGCAAUGGUGGGAGCUGCGGCCUGCCUCGGUGGAGUUACCAGGAUGACGGUGUCAUUGGUGGUCAUCAUGUUUGAAUUAACGGGGGGUCUGGAGUACAUCGUGCCCCUGAUGGCGGCAGCUGUGACCAGCAAGUGGGUAGCUGAUGCAUUUGGGAAAGAAGGCAUCUACGAGGCCCACAUCCACUUAAAUGGGUACCCUUUCCUUGACGUGAAGGACGAGUUUACUCACCGCACACUGGCCACCGACGUCAUGCGGCCCCGGCGGGGAGAGCCGCCACUGUCGGUGCUCACCCAGGACAGCAUGACUGUCGAGGACGUGGAGACGCUCAUCAAGGAGACCGACUACAACGGCUUCCCCGUGGUGGUCUCCAGAGAUUCCGAGCGCCUCAUUGGAUUUGCCCAGAGGAGGGAACUGAUUCUCGCAAUAAAGAACGCCAGACAGAGGCAGGAGGGCAUUGUGAGCAAUUCCAUCAUGUACUUCACGGAGGAACCCCCCGAGCUGCCGGCCAACAGCCCACAUCCCCUGAAGCUGCGGCGCAUCCUGAACCUCAGCCCGUUUACAGUCACAGACCACACUCCGAUGGAAACGGUGGUGGAUAUCUUCCGGAAACUGGGGCUUCGGCAGUGCCUGGUGACGCGGAGCGGGAGACUUCUUGGCAUCAUCACAAAAAAGGAUGUUCUGAGACAUAUGGCCCAGAUGGCAAACCAGGACCCCGAAUCCAUCAUGUUUAAUUAGCAACAAGGUGGCAAUUAUUUUCAGAAAAACACUGACUGUGUCAUUUAAAAAGAAAUAAAUGAUAUGUUAUUAUCCCAAUGAAAGAUCAUGCAUUGGGGACAGCAGAAACAAAAGCUUUGUUGGAAAGGCGGGGAAGAAGGAUGAAACCUUUAAAAACAAAAACAAAAACAUCAAUGAGUAGGCAUUUUAUAGCUUUAACCCCGUAUGAGUUUCAAGCUGUGUUUCCUAAUGAGUUUGCUACUGCUGUGGGGGCAUGUGGGUGGGUAAAUGAUGUAAAUGAUGUGAUCUGUACAAGUAUGUGGAGCAUGAAUGCUGACUCAAGAAACUUUUACUCCUUCUGCUCAAGGCUGAUGUUUGUAACUUAUGAACACACGUGAAGUGUUGAGCCCAAAAGACAAAGGGGUAUCGGCAUGUCAGCGUCCUUAUUUAUUGGUUCUUGAAGUUUGCUGCUAUGUUAUUGAAUCAUACUAAAGACAUUUGCACUUACUUUGUUGAAAAAGAAAAAGAAAUUAAAUUUGAACACAGUGAAAGCUCCAAGUAUGCCAGUGGGUCCGCUCACGACCGUCCUGUUUCUUGCUCCUGUUCUCAGCCUGUUAUCUGGCUUAUCCAUCAGUUUCUGAACCAACAUCAGGGGCACCUGCCAUGAUGAGUGUGAAGAAAUCAUUUCUCUAUGCAAGACUGGCAUCCUGGGACUGCACGAUGAACUAUCGGAGCAUAUAGUACUGUGGUGUGUCUCCUCCCAUACAAAGGGACACAUCCUUAUUUUGAGGGUAUACUCACCCGAUCAUUGAUUUGCAUCCCCAUGGCAUUUGCUUCAUUUAUUUAUUGCUUUUGCCCAUGCAUUCUAUAUUGAUCAGCUCAGCACUUCCAUGGGCCAUAGCCGGUAUGCCCCCAGCCUGCCAUAAGCGUGCUUUCAUUUUCAAGUAGCAUAUGCAAGAGUCCAAACAGGCUACCCAAUGUUACUACUUAUUUUUCCUCUCAGGUCUUAUCAGAUACGGCUGUGGAGAGGAUGAGGCAUACGCAUUGUCAGUUGGAAUCCCUCCAAAUGGAUUGCAAGAGAAAUACUAAAUUGAUUCUAAAUCUGUUCCAUUAUCUUCUCUGUAGGAUGCAAAAUGUCCAGUUUUAAUGUAUAAGCAUGCACUUCAUACUAGCAAUCACAGCACAGGAGGACAGCAUUAAAUUUUAUAUAGCCAAUUUGGGCACUGGGCAUCUUUGUAUUUGAACUUAACGACACAUUUACUCUUUUAGUCAGGAUUUCGGUCUUUUCUGUGGGAAGGAAUUAAGCUAUGUAUUAGGUCCACCAUAUGAUCUGUGUAAGUAAGAUUAUCCCACUUGCCCUUUCUCUUUAGUCUUUGUCCCUUCCUUUUCACUAAGUGCCCCUCAUCCUUUUCAAUCUCAUUGUCACUGGAUAGUGCUGCAUCACUUAGGUGUGCAUUUGGCUGCAAAUAACAGAAAACCCAGCAAACACUGAAGGGCUGGAUAAGAACCCUGAGAGGGGGUACUCCAGGACUGUCUCCAUAACAUCAUUGGGAUCCCCAUCCCGUUGCUAUUUCUUUUUCACCAUUUUUACCUUUUGUCCUCUGGCUUAUUGCCUCAGAGUUGCAAGAUGGUUCCUGAACUGUCAGGUAUCAUGUCUGCUUUCUAAGUGGGAAGAGGAAGGGAGAGGCAAGCAACUAGGUACAAUGUCUAUCAGGAAAGCAAAGCUUCCCCAGAGACGCUCAGCUUGUAUCCAUUGACUGGAAGUCUGUCACGUGGCUCCCCCUAGCCGCACACUAGUGUGGGAAGGAAAAUAUUGAGCUAGGCACAUUACUCUCUGAAUGAAAUUCAUAUUAUCUUAUUAAGGAAGAGUGUUGGUCUUCAGGAGGGGAAGUUUGCUUUAUUGGAUGCCAUCAUCGUGUCCUUGUCAUUGCCCUUCCGGUUUUCAUUCUUGCUAAACCCCUGUGAAUGUUCUUCUAACCUUCCUGUUCCCCACCCCUUUUCUCAGAUUUGACCUAGAAUUCCCAGCCCAAAUCCAUAAUUUCUUAGCUCUAAUAAGAAUUUUCAUGUUGGACAAAAACCUAGCUACAAAUGGGUUUCUAUGAAACUUCUAAUUAAUGUGCAAAAUAUAUAUUUUCUCCAGGUUAAGAAAUUUUAAGUCAGAUCAUGCUGACACAAUAAGAAAAUUUGUUUGUGUGAUUCAUUGACCUCUUCCUUCCAAAAUAACAUCAAGUAGCCACCUCAGUGUGACAAUAUCCAGUCAAUAGUAGAGAAUUUAAUCCUUUGUCCUAUAAAAGAAUAAAAUUCAUUGUCGUAUUUAUAGCACGUAAGCCUUGAGUAACAGGUCUUAAUGUUAGUGUUGGUGUUGUGGUUUCUGCGGAACGUUUACAAGUGAAGUUGGAUUCUCCUGGGCUUUAAAUCCAAAAAGUCUUAAUGACCGCUUCAUGUAGUUCCCCUCUUAUUCCCCUGUGGUCUCCUCAGAGCCAGCGUGUGCUGGGAAAGAGUAUUAGUCAUAGCCUGGCUUUAUAGAAUCCGGGAGGUCCUUUUAGCUGAAACAAGUGGCUUCAAAAGGGAACAUGAAACAGUGAAAAGAUAGCCAAAGGUCAGUGAAACUACAGCAUUUCUUUCUAAUCUGGCUGAGGCCAUGGCGGGGAAUGAGGGGAAAAUAUGCUUCCGGGCCAAGGUCACCGAGGGGGAUCUUGGGAUUUGUGUCCUCCCCGGUGCUUAGAGAUACCUGCAAAUUCAUGGCAAACAGUUGGAAGAGUUACUUGACUGAAACAACCCAAUCUUACUUUCUUUCAUAAGUUGAACCUCUGAUUUAUUGUGGGGUUCAGGCUCUCCUCAAUAGAAGGCCAGAGUUGGACAGGUGGACUAAGGUCAAGGAUGAGGAGUCUGCAGUGGGGACUACCACAGCAAACUGCCUUCCUUCCGUGGAGUCCUAACUCAGCCAUGUGGUCCACUCACCCAGGGGCCUGGGAGCUCAGACAAACCCCAUGGGGAACAUGCUGCCAUGCUCUGUCUUUCUUGUAAACAUAGUUGGGUAGGGAUCCCAAGGGUAUUUGCUCUCUCCAAAUGCAGAACUUCCAUCCACUUUAUCUGGUGAUCUGAUGAACAGCAUGGGGACGUGGAGGUGAAAUAAGCAUCUUUCAGAAUAAGGUUUUUUUUUUUUUCCUCUUCCAGAACCAAAGGCUUUAGACAUUUGUAGAACUUUCUGGAUUCCUUCUGAAUCGGGUUUUAACAUAAAAAACCAUCAACACAUCACGGGAAAGGAGCUCUUUCAUGAUAUACAUCACAUGUUUCUUGCUCUCACUGAGGAAAUGUGUUGUACAAAAGCACCAAAUAAGGGCACCCUGGAAGUGACAUGUGUGUUUCUUCUAAGUCGUUUUUAGUGCAUCCCCUGGGAUUGCAGAUUCUCAUUUGGCUUUUAGGGAAAGGCAGAAUGUGCUAGAAGUCGAAGUCAUUCAAUAUUCAGUGCUUACUGUUACUUUGAACCAGGUAAUCUCAGUUCUUUAUUCAGUCCUUCCCAAAGACCUUACAAAGGAGAUGUGUAAAUUGAUAGAUUUUGAGCCUAAUAAGUGACAGAAAUGGAAAAUUUUAGAGCAGUUUGUUUCACUUAGGUGAGAACUGAUUACUUUAAAUUACCAACAUGUGCAAAUUCUACUUAGUAUUCAUUAUUAGAUGCUGAGCUGGAAAAGAUGAGAAACCCAAGGAGAACUAUUGAAUUACCACAUAAUUGUAAUAUUAUGCUUUAAUUUUGUAUGGGCAGUGUUCUAUCAGACUAAGCUUCUAGCCUUUGAAAUGAUUUACAUGAGGAGAGAGCCUGUAUAUCUGACUUGGGAAACAUUAAGCAGACCCUGUUUUCACCGGCGCUGUAAUAACUAUUUAUUUGCUAUCCUAGAGGUGCUGGGAAUGAGCCUACGUGCGACUUUGAUGAGAUAUAUUCACAUUUGGUAUUGGAACGACCACAUAGCAACGUGUUGGUUUUUUUUUUAUUGUAACACUCUGUGUAAACAUUGACACCUUAUUAAAUAUUAAAUGUUUGAACUCUA